ACCACUCAUAAUUUUCUGCAAAUAAACCAACCAAGAUGGGCGCUGUGUCGCAUGCUUGUUGUUGCUGUGUUGUUGGGCUGCGUGAGUGCUGCUUUGAACGUCGUGCAGAACCCAGCGCAUGCCACCAAGGCAGUGGACUUUGACCGAGAUGCCCUGUUUGCGGAGUAUGACCAGGAUGGCGAUGGGUACCUGAACGCGCAUGAAUUGGACACAAUGUAUGAGAACAUGCACCGCGACAUGGACAUGCCUCCAGAGUUCGACCACAGCGCAACGUUUGACAUGAUCUGGUCGCAGCUGGACGCGGAUGGUGACAAGCUCAUUUCCAAGGACGAGUAUUUCGCAUCAUUUGCGUCUGGGCUGAGCAUGGUUGAUGUUGCCGGCUCCGUUCGCCUGGAUGACGUGGACAGCGGUUCUCACCACAAGUAAACGGACAGCAUCAAACACACACACACACACGCACAACAUGUAUGUUUUGCUGUAAUUCAACCGAGUUUGCAGCCACAGCAAAGGUGAAAUUCUCACGUCACCAUCAACACCGUUCAAAUGUGCGGUUGCUCUUGUUCCUCGUGUCCUUUUCGUUGCCUCUAAUUGCUUUCCUCUCAAUACACGAUAAGAACACACA